AUGAACAUUGGUUUCAUCGUUUUUGGCUGUAUUCUGGCCUUUACACUUUGCCCCACCCUUAUAUUGUUCCUCUUUUUCAGUUGCUUAGACGGGUACAAGGCGUACAAACGUACCAAAGCCUGGGAUAAAAGCCGUCACCAGCACUCCAUCAACACACAGCCAUCUGAAACCAUCCGCUGCCUCCCUGAAAAGGAUGGCGAUCUGGAAUUCUACGACACUGAGGACGAGGAAGAACACCAUCAGCGCAAGGCUGAGGAGAAAGCAGACCAGCACCUCACUUUCUAUGGGAAAUUUUGGAAAGAGUUCCGCUACCAGCAAUCAGGCAAGAUAGGAUUGGACGAAAUGAAGAAGAAGGAUCGCGAAGAGAGGAGGAAAUUGGCUAAAGCGGUAGUGAGGGAAUUAGACCUCAGGGAGCGCAACAAGGUGAAGAACACCAACAAAGUGCAGUCCUUGGGGACUUUGUAG